CACCACAUAACAACAUUAACAUGACGGAGUACAAAUUGUGAAAAAAAAGAGAGAAAAAUAAUUGUCAUCAGCCAACCAAUUUAAUUAUUACAUAGCAAUAAACUAUAACUAAAAUGAAGACAUUCAGGAAGUACUCUGAAAUGCCUGCAAACAAUCAGUGUGCUCAAAAUUUCGACCUUGGUUGUGAGUUACACAUGAAUCCAACUAAUCAACAAUCCCAUGUAAAUAUAAUGAAUUUAAAUCUGUCAAAUUCUGAUGUGAAAUCCUCUUCGUACCCACCAGUAUGCAGUGAUUCACGUUUAUUUGACACCAGUGUAAAUCACCUCUUGACAUUGGACGCUGAAUGUUGUAAAAAAAGCAAUCCAUAUCCUUGUAUACCAAGUUGUCCAGAAACUCCACUGGUUUCAGAAGCACAAGGAUUAUUCAAUACACUGCAUAAAGUUGGUUAUACACAUCCACGUAUUCGUACAAAUUUCAAUUCACAAACUGGGACAAAUCGUUCGCAUACAAAUGAUAAACUCCUAACAUCAACAUCAUCAUCAGCAACAACAGGUCGAUUACAGAAUAAAUCUUUGCAAUUUCUACAGACUGUACCACACUUUAUCUAUAUAAGUAAUCCUAAUAAUCAGUUGACUAACCCCAAGGACACAUGUUUGCCAAAAAAUCUUUCCACUGAACCAAUAGAACACGCGAAGGUUAUUAAUCAGAAGUGUGAACAUAUCUUGGAGAAUAGUCAUAUUGUCUGCCAAAAUCUAUGCGCUCACUCACCUUCUUCUAUGUGUCAGUGUAAUAAAAAACCUCAAGAAGACUGUGAUAUCAGCGAUAUCUUAUUCAGUGGUGGUCAUCCGACCUAUUAUCCAAACAGUCAAUAUCAGUGUCCUGCACACUCACAGUUACAAACCGCGCAAGAGUAUUCAUUAAAAGAAUUUCUUCCAGAGGGUGCUAAGGUAAAAUGCGAUUCAAUUGCUUCAUCUUCAGCAAAUUAUGAAUCUGGUGAAAGAUUGGCUAAUUCAUUUUCGAAUUCAGCCAAAUAUAUGAAAUGUUGUCAUAGGUUAACAAUGACACUUGUUUGUCUUCUAAUCUUUGCUUGUCUGUGUUAUCGAAUUAUUGACUAUUUUAAUCGAUAUGAAGCAAUGAAGACAUUGUUUGUAUAUAAUACAUUUAGUCUGCCUGAAGAAUUUACCAAUGCAAAUAAUCAUAGUGAUGCAAUGAAGUCAAUCGGGAAGUCGUUUACCGAAGAAAAGAAGCCAUCAAAUUGGUUUACAAUAACACUGUGCAAUUUAAAUCCUAUACGUGGUAGCGCAUUAUUCACUGUAAAGAACGGUUCACAAAUCUAUGAUAUGAUAUCAAAAGAUCGUCAAAAUGAAAUGGACUCUAGUGUCAAUAUUAUAAGACAGACUGGUGGAAAUAAUAAUCGUGUACCAAUAGAAAUACUCAAACAAACAGGACAUAAAUUGAGCGAAAUGCUGAAAUAUUGCUAUACUGGAACUGAACGGUGUACAUUCCAUAACUUCACAUCUGUUCUCACAAUUUAUGGACAGUGUUAUCGUAUGAAACUUAAACGAACAGUACAUGAAGUCAGCUUUAUGCUAGAUUCACAAGACUACGAUUAUAUAAUACCUCAUAAUGGAUUGAUUGGCUUUCGUUUAUGGAUACAUUCCAGUGAAGAACAAGCGCAUAAUAUGCUUGAUACAAAAGAUAAUUUCUGGGCAAAUGGAGUGAAUGAAAGUGAAUUGCAUCAACAAACAGGUAUCGAGGCAAAUGAAAUUAUUGUCAGCACAGAAUUUCAAACUCUUAUCCGCGUAGCAUUAGAUAUGAAUGUACGUUUUAGGCAAAACAGUUUGAAAAGAACGUUGUGUUCAUCACUGAUACAAUCUUCAGACUGUGAAUAUGAUAGUGACGAAGUAUCACGCAAAGAUUCUUUAGAAGACCCACUUUGGUUAUCCAAUGAUAAUUACCACCGUUUUUGGAAUGCACGGAUUAUUUCUGCUACACAAUCUUCGAAAGCAACAAUAAUGUACAGUUUACUAGCUCUUCGCAAUCCUAAUCUGUUUAUACGCAAUAAAAUUGAUCUUGAACGUGGAUUGAGGAUACAACAACGUGCUUAUGUUCAGUUGGCUAAUGAAACUGCAUUCAGUGAACUAAGAAACCUGGUUUCAAGUUAUGAGGAGUUACGAAAUCAGCUGGGAAGCAUUAAACAACUGUUACGUGAAAUAGAGAUUGGUUUUUGGCGAGAUCAAAGAGAGGCUUUACAGAUGACGCAUACAGAUGCAACUUGUUCAAAGAUGGUCAUUAAAUAUUUUGAAACUCUCAUCAAUAUUACACAAACCUUUCAAGAUGAUUUGUGUAGGCUAUCGUUAAUUGAGGCGUUUUAUACUACAAGUUCCUUUAAUUGUCCAAAUUACAAUCAUUCCAUGCAUUCUGCAAUCCUAAAAGAGUAUCCUUCACAGUUGAAUAUAACCAAAGCAUAUCCCUUCUCUUCGCAUACACAUUUAUCUUCACUGCUCAAAACCAAUUUUCCCCAGACAAGUAAUAUAACUCCACCUCUAUAUGAUCAAAUCAACAGUGAGGAUAAAACCUUUUAUGAACUCAUAAAAAAUCCCGCCCUAAUUGAACUACAAGUUGUUGAGCUAUUUUUCUCUAAUGCCACAUACAGCUCAAAACUAAAAGAUAUCUUGAGGAAGUACUUGAAGUUAUUGUCAGCAAAACGUAUGCAAAUGACAACCAGAACAAAUAAUAAUCGAUUUGGAAUGACGCUGGGAUCCCAUUCCCCGUCUGCAUCUUCGUCGGCGGCAUCAUCCGCUUCAUCAAGCAGCUCUUUAACCUCAUCAUCAUCAUCUUCAACCUCUGCUGCCUCCUUGAUUUCAUCUUCAUCUUCAGUAUCCUCUGUUUCACCAUCAGUUCAACAUUCACUUCAAUUUCUUGAAAGAGGCAGCUCUCAAGGAUUAGCGAGUGAUGCUUCUAAUGAAUUUCUUUGUUCAUCACAGAUUCAAAUUCAUAUCGACUCAAUAUACAAUUUGAAAUUAGAGAAGCUAGGUGAAAGUAUCGCCACAUGUAUUCAGAGGUUAGAGGUAUUUCAGACAAGUAUGAAUUUUAUUAUUCAGUGGAAUAAACACAUUAUAAAUACAUUUUCAAUCGAUUACCAACAAUCACAAAGACUUGAUGAGACAAGUCUUGUCACAUUCACUGUACAAAUUGAAAGUACGAAUGCAGGUUUCAGUAUGACACAAUUCACACCAAUGAAUAAAUUAUUCAGUCCUUUUGGUGAAAUCAUGGGAAUAUGCUUUGGCACACUGAGUCUACUUAUUCCACUCUACCUGCUUGUGGAUUAUUUUUUUACUAUGAAAUGCAAAAAUUCAACGGAUACACAUAGUAAAUCUAUUGCAUGAGCUGUAGAAAUAAAUCAGGAGCUCUCAAAUAUCUUCACAGUUAGAAAGGUAAAUUCAGCUUCCAUUAUACACCAAUAUUGAUCCGUCAGCGGACUGUUCAGUGGACUAUUUCCCUAUCCCAAGUUAAUCUGCUUCAGACACUUACUUACAUGUCUUUCAUUGAAAUUUUAAAAACACACCAGUUUGACGUGGGCCGGAUGAACAAAGAUUCCAGUGAGUAGACAUAUUUAACAAAGUACUCAUUCUGUACAUAUAGAAAGAUAUUAUCUUUCUACACAUUAUGCUGCUAUAUUUAUAUAUAUAUAUAUAUGUAUAUUGAGUUAUUCCUACUUUUACUCACUUCCAUUUUUCAUUUCUCUCUUUCUCAGUGAAUUAUUUCACUGUUUCCCUCCUGUUAUGUACAUAAUUUCUACUGAAGUUGUCUGUCUUUAUUUAUUACAUUUUUUAUUUUGAAAUCUUAUCAGAUUCUUGUUCAAAUUUCCUAUCGUUUAUUUAAACAAUGUUCAAUGGUUAAGAUUUUCAUUUGUCAAAUUUGAUGAAAUCAGCCCUU